AUGAAUUCUUUCGAACAUUUGAACCAGAAAGUGGUGGGAAUGGGACUAGAACGGUACAACACCAGCAGAGGCUCGAAGAAUCCUCUUCUCAGGCAAGCAUCGCCGCAUCUUGAUCAUACGAGCACCGAAGCAAUUGUGGAAACUCUCAGAGUGCUACGGAUGCCAAACGGCCGUGGACAAGUUGGAAAAGUGCCGAAUCGUCAUAAGAGAGUGACCCAUCUGGUCAGGUUCCUUGUCAACCAGCACGGCUACCCCCUCGAUGCGUUUGUCUACGAGUGUAUGAUGGACGCCCUGGUAGAUCCCGCAGGCUCAUCCCGAGGAGUUGAAAAGCUGCUGGAUGACAUGGCCGACCAGAACAUUCCUCCUACGCCAACUCUCUGCUACAGCGCCCUGCAGGUUUUGGCCAUCCACCCCGACUACGUCGUACGCCAGCGGGUAAUCGAGAUAAUGCAGAGUUACUGGUUCGAAUUCACCAGAAGCGCCAAGCAAGACAUCAUUGUGGGAAUGCUCCGGGAAGGACAGCACGAGCUUGCCCUGUCAAAGUUUGAGGAGUUCUUUGAGCAAGAAGGAAGGGUUGAGCUUUGGGUCUACGACGCGUUCAUCAUCGAAUUUGGUAGAGUAGGCCUCUUUGACGGACUGCUGGAGAUGCUCAAGAAGAGGAGAGCUGCCAAGGGGACAGAUGAUGCCUUUAGGAGCCUCCUCUACCAUACUCUAGAUGUUUUCAGCCAGGCAUAUCACUACGAAGGGACGGUUUGGGCAUGGACACGCAUUGUCAGGACCCCUAUGCACAACCCCUCCAUCGUUACUCUCGACAACGUUCUGGGCACGGCAGCGAGACACGGCGACGUGAUUUUAGCCCAUGAGGUUAUCAACAUCCUACGUAACCUGGAUGUCAAAAUCUCCAAGGAGCAUUAUGAAGCCCUCAUCGAAGCCUCCGUCAAGGCGGGAAAUCUGGGGAGCGCAUUCCAGCAUCUGAGCACCAUGGAACAAACAGGUCUUCAUCUGGACCGAGGAAGCACCAGGACUAUUUACAAGGCACUGAAGGAAAACCCAGAACGCAUCGACACGGCAGUUGGUGCUCUCGAGGAAAACAGAGGAAAUCUUUCGGCACAGGCUAUCUCGGUUACGAUGGAAGCCAUGGCCCAAGAACGUGGCACAGAGGCUGCCAUGCCUCUGUACCGCGAUUUUGCCUUUCUCAGUGGCAAGAACCCUGACCAUUUCCUCUUCAGGGACUUGUUGAUGAACACUGAGCAGGCCAAGACAAGGCACACCCUGGCAAAAGACUACAGCUCCAUGUUUAGGAGCGAGGCGAUGUCAAGAGAUACCAUCAAGGCGUAUGACGUGAUGAUCUCGGCCUGCCUCGAAUUCGACGAUCUCAACGUUGCGUUCAGGCUGGCAAGUCGUGUUAUUACGAAUAGGUCGAGAAAUGGGGAAGAGGACCCCAAGUUAUGGCGGCGGGCGGAAUGGGUUCAGCCCCUUGUCAAAGCUGGUCUGGAAGUGGAGGAUAACCGUGUAUGGCCGAUUGUGGACGCACUUGAUCAAGGUGAUGAUGGGCCAGCCAAGAUGGGAACCAAGGGGGUUGAGACGCGGGAAAAGAACGACACGUCUGAUGUCUUUGAGGAGGAGCGCUGAGCGAAUGAACUGCCGAGCACUAAACUACGAGUAUGUCUCACAGCUAUGAGGCCAGCCAAUACACGGGUUACAUUUUCAG